AUGCUUCCCCAGAGGCGGUGCCGCCAAGAGCGGGAUGCUGCCGGCGGGAGGCCGGUCCUCGUCCCCGCGGGCACCUUGGCACGGCCCGGCCGGGCACGGGAACGGCGCGGCCACGCCCGAACGAGCGAGGAGCGCUGCGGCGGGUCUCGGUGCGGGUUUCGGGCACGGCGGGGCGUCCCGGCCCCGCUCCCUGGUGCCCGUUCCUCCCCGGCGCUGCCCGCCGGGUCACUGCGGCAGGAGGCCGGGGCAGCGGGCACCGAACCGGGGCUGCUGCUAGCGGGGGGAGCCCGUGCGGGGGUCCCCGGCGGAGAGCGGGGCCGCCCCCCAGUGCAGGGCGCUGGGCUGGGCGCAGCCCCGGUGCGGGCCAGGCCCGGGCGAGGUGCGGGGGCGGUGCCGCUGCGGUGGGUCCCGGUGCGGGGUCCGGGGGCCCCAGUGCGAGGUCCGGGGGGCACGGGGGUCUCGGCCCCGCCGGCCCGGGGCGGCCCCGCAGACAAAGCCCGGGGCCGCCCAGCACAAAGGAUGCUCCGAGCCGGGGCGGGGCCGCCCGGGAGCCCCGGCGGAACAAUGAGCCGGGCCCGGCGGGACCUCCGCCGCCCCCCACCCGCCACCCCGGGAUGCCCUCUCCGCCGCGCCCCGCGCACCUGCUGCUCCGCUCGCAGUCGCGACACGGCGCCGACGAGGGAGCCUUGCCCGCUCGGGGCGGAGCAGUCGGCCCCGGCGCCACACCUCACCGAGGUGAGCCCCUCGCGCUGUCGCGACACCCUCGCCCUGUCGCGACAGGUGACUCUCCGUCGGAAGGCGGCGGACACACACAACCUUUCUGCCCCGCGAUACCCCGGCGAGGCGCCCCGGACGGGGGUGCCGGGACACUCCCCUCCGUCCUCGCCUAUCGCAAUACCCGCGCAUGUCGAGAUACACGCACCUGUCGCGAUUGGCUCACCCGUCGCGAUAGCGACUCAGGUCCCGCCGGUGCGGGAAGAGCCCAUCCCGGCCCAGCCCGACAUCCCGGCCCCGCCCGACCGCGCCCGGCCCCGCGGUACCUCCCGCCGCCGGUGCCGCUCCCGGUGCCGCUCCGGCCGCGAUCGCCUCUCACCCGAACCUGCGCCGCGGGGGCGGGGCCAAGCCCCCCCUCGGCCAAUCGUGGCCUGCCGUGGCCGGGGGGGCGGGGCCGGGCCCCCAGCAGGGCAUCCCCACUGUCCCCACCGGGUCCCCGCCGCCACCGGCACCUUUUCCCAGCGGGAACCUGCUUCCCACCGGCACCGGCUCCGGAGCCGGCCUGCCUGGGAUGUGCCAACGCCGCGCCGGGCCGGCCCCUCACCACGGCACCCGCUGGGACCCAGCACCCCCCCGAAGGUGCAGCAGGGCCAAGAGGGUCCCAGGAGGCGCCGCAGGGCCGGGCCGGGGGGUCCGCCGGGACCCCCAAACCUGCACCACCGGGUCCGGCCGCCCCACGGGCACCACGGCUGCACCCUGCAGCACCACAGCUGCCAGACCAGUAGCACCAUCCACCGCACUGCCAGCACCUGCCCGCGCCCUGCCAGCUCACACCACGGCUCCUGCCACCGCAGCUCCCGGCACCGACACUGCCACCGCCACGUCCCCACGGGCACCCGUCACCCCCCAGCGGGGCACGGGGCCAGCCCACAGGGGCACCGGGGGGAUGUGCUCGCUCCAAACCACGCACGAGCAGAGGAGCGAUGCCCCGGCGCCCGCGGUGACACCGCCGGGGCCCCAUCCCGGCUCGCCGGGGCAUCGCCCUCCUGCCGCCAGCCCGGCCCCGCGGAUGUAGCACCAGGGUCCGGGGCCCGCAGCCAUCCCUGUGCCAUGCCAGAAGCGCCCCGGCUGCGCUCCGGCACCAGCACCGUUCUGUCCCCCUUGACCUGCCGGCGUCCCCGCCACCGCCCGCAGCAAGAGCCUGUUGGCAGCACCUGUGCCCCGCGCCGCCCCGGCAGGCAGGCCCCGCGGGAAGGGGCAGGGCCGGGGGCAGGACCCCCCGCUGCCGCCGGGGCACCGGGGGACACCCAGCACCGGCUCUGCCGGACGCCACGUACGCAGAAGAGCACCAGUACGCUGUGGGAGCGCGGGGCGGCGGCGCCGGCGGGGCAGGGGGGCUCCGCCGAGGCGCUUCCGUUCGGGACAGAAAAAGGUUAUUGCAUGACUCAGGAUGGAGACGCUUCCGCCCGGCCGCCCCGGCCCUGCCGCUCGCUCGGAAAGGCCCGGCACAGCGAGGCUCAGCCGCCGGGCGCUGGAGCCGCCGGGCGCUGGAGCCGCCGGGCGCUGCCGGGGCCGGGCCGGCGGGCGCUGGGCGCGGACGGAGCGGGUCUCGGAGCAGAGCGGGUCUCCUUCGCCUCCGCCUCCCUCCCGGCUGGGCUUUCCCACUGCCGUUUCCCCUCCUCCGAGAGCGGUGCUGGCGACGGCGUCUCGUCUCGCCCGCUGCUCCGAGAAGCGGAAACCAAACCGACAGGAAAACCCAGCCAGAAAAGAGCGGAAAAUUAA